AUGUUCUCGACCUCGAAACUCUUCUCGUUGCUCCUCCUAGUGGUUCUAAUUUCCUCAAUUCAUGCUCAAUAUGACAGCAGUGCCUCGGGCAGUAUUCUGUCGCCCUUUGGCGGAGGCCUUGGAGGUGGAUAUUCCAAUCCAUAUGGGAGUUUCGCGAAUUCCGACUCAUCCUACGGACGCUACGGAAAUGCUUACGGAUUUUUGUAG